GCCCACCGCCGAACUCUCGCGAGGUCUCCGCGCGGCUCCUCCCCCUGAGCUCCGCCUGGAAGCCGUAGCGGGUUGCUGAGUCGCGUCUCCCUCGUGGCCGCAAGAUGCACGCGGACGACGUUGUCUGGGACACUCUCGGCAAUAGACAGUUCUGCUCAUUUAAGAUCAAGACGAAAACACAGAGCUUUUGCCGGAAUGAAUUUAAUAUAACAGGCCUGUGCAACCGCUCCUCCUGCCCCUUGGCAAACAGCCAGUAUGCUACCAUUAAGGAAGAGAAAGGACAGUGUUACCUAUACAUGAAGACCAUCGAACGUGCUGCCUUCCCCAAUCGGCUGUGGGAAAGGGUCCGGCUGAGUAAGAACUACGAAAAAGCGCUAGAGGAGAUUGACGAGAACCUGAUCUAUUGGCCCCGCUUCAUCCGGCACAAGUGCAAGCAGCGCUUCACCAAGAUCACCCAGUACCUGAUCCGAAUCCGCAAGCUGACUCUCAAGAGGCAGAGGAAGCUUGUCCCGUUGAGUAAAAAGAUCGAAAGGCGCGAGAAGAGGCGAGAGGAAAAAGCUCUGGUUGCUGCUCAGCUGGACAACGCAAUUGAGAAAGAAUUGCUGGAGAGACUCAAGCAGGAAACGUAUGGCGAUAUCUAUAACUUCCCCAUCCAUGCCUUCGACAAAGCUCUAGAACAUCAGGAAGUGGAGAGUGAGAGUGACUCGGAUACAGAGAAGAAGGACGAGGAAGAAGACUCAAACAAGAGAGAAUUUGUGGAGGUAGAUGAAAGUGACCUCAGUGACUUUGAGGAUAUGGAUAAACUGGCAACGAGCAGUGAGGAGGACGAGGAGGCUACAUCUAGUGAGGAAGAAGAGAAAGGCAAGCAGCCCAAGUCUAAGGGCAAAACUCCCUUGAAAGGGCCAGCAGUCAGGAAAAAACGAGCUUAUGUUGAAAUAGAGUACGAGCAGGAGACAGAACCGUUGUCUAAAUCGAAAGCAACGUGAUUCCUCCCAGUUUUUGUGUCUGGGGGCAUAUCUGAAAAAUGGACUCAAUGAACUAGCUGGUGGACUGAAUGAACUAGCUCCAAGACUCAAGAUCAUACAGGAAAAGUUCCAGCUGCUUGAAGACCUAGUGAGCUGGCAUUCCCAGAUGCUGCAGGGUAUAUUUUUGCAUAUUGACAAUUUAAAACUUCAUCUAUUUUUAAGGCUACCCAACUAAGAUUGUUAAAUACUUGUAUAUGUCUAUUAAUUUGUGAGCUGCAUUGAAGGGAUUUUGGGGGGGUUGGGUUGGGAGGUAUAAAAGUGGCAUAUAAAUAUGAAUCAGAACAAACCUGUAAUUGCCUUUUUAUUACGUAAUGCCCUCCUUUCUCCAAUAUUAGACAGUUUAUAUAUAGCAUGAGUCUUAAAAGCUAGGAAUGUUCUUCCUUCCAACUUUGAACACAGUGAAUAUAAUCCUCCCCACUUGAGAUCAGGGAGUGAUACUUUUUACAGGCUCCUCCUCUACUUUUCUUAGGCAUUCCUUGAGGGACUCAUCUUGACAGCUGCGUCGGACUCCUUGUAGUAGGACCUGGAUAUUAGUGAUGGGAAGAAACCAAAUUUAAUCAUGUUAGAAGUGGGCAGCAACAUCCUCUUAUCUGCUCUAUUUCUGACACAAGAAUCUCCCUUAUUCCAAGUCAGACCAUUGCUCACUAUUGUCCAGACAGGUGGGCAGCUGCUCUCCAGCAUUUCGGGUGCCUUUCCCAGUCCUACCUGGAGAUGCCAGUGACUGAUUUUAGGAUGUUCUGAAUGCAAAGCACCUAUGAGCCAGGUGCUGAGGCUGUUGUCUGUGCACUGCAAGGUGUACUUCCUUGACGGAGCUAAUUUUAGUAUUAAAAUCCAGGAGGAGUGGUCCCAUCAAUCGGGAGUAUGACAAGAGUAUUAAUUAGCAUGUCCAUUUGAGAAAAAGGACUGCACUUAAUUUAUUUCUUAUGGACACAUGCGUGUUCAUCAGCUGCUGAUCUGUGGUGACUGCCAGACAUAUGCAACACACCCAGAGGCUCCGCAGUUGUCUCUUGUUAAGUAGAGGGCCUGCUUUUCCCUAAAUCGCAGGCAUGCUGAACCUUGGGCUCUCCCUUGAUCUUGCUUACCUUCACCUGUCCGUGAGAAGCGUGAUCCAGUAAGAUAAGGCACUCAGUGGCUUUCUGGAGUAACUCUGCUUUCACUGGUUCUGGUGUUAAGCUCCUGUCUGUAGCCACAUCCAACAUCAUUCUCAGCAAAGCCUUGAGAAGGACAGCAAGGCGGCAGGACAUUCUAUAGCAAGGAGAUGGCAAACUCAUGUCAGCCUGACUUGAAAGCUACUUCUGGAGCCAGCUGCAUCCCAGGAGGAGGUGCCACUACAAUUUAUCCAGCUAUGACCCCUCCCAGAGUAGGGAACAAUGGGAACCUUCUGGAGCAGACUUUUGACAGGCGAUGGAGCAGCAGGGGAAGGGGAAAGAUGGGCAAAUUGCUGCCAGAACUCUGCUCCUCUAAGCCCCUGUAUCUAGUGGAUUUAGGAAAGGGAAAGAAAAAUGGGAUGAGGAAGUGCAGGAGCCUUAUGUUGACCCUGCUCUCAGAAGAGAAGGUCCAGACUCCUGUUGAAAGCGAUAGCAAGUUUGCUAGUCCUGCCUUGUGACCUUGGACAAGAGGCAAACCUGUCUGAUUGCCUUGAACUGAGCCUGUUGAGCCAAAGCUCUUGUACAACCAGGACAGUCCAAACACCAUAACAGCCUGAUGAAUUUCAGCUAAGGCUCACUGGGUUUAGGCCCCCAUAUCCAUUUCAAAAGCCUGUGGCGGGUUCAGGAAUCAGAAGUUCUCAUUUCCUACUAGCUAGAUAUUUGUAUUUAGGCAGGCAAAAGUGUUUACUGCUUUCACUCAAGUUUUUGGCUUCACACUGAGGUCAGAAGCAGCACCUCCAAAGUAGUGGGAGUAGUUUCCAUGCUGCCAACCCACCUCUGAGAAGUAUGCUUCUUGACCGUAACAGCGGCGACGGGUUUGUUUUUUUAAAGCAAGAUCAACUGAAGAGAAAAAUGCACCUCUACAAAUACACAGCUACUGCCCAGUGCUUAGGGCUCAUCAAAGUACCUGGGCCAGGCAUGCUGUAUGGUGUGUUUCAAGGUUUCUAAUGUCGCCAAUCUAGCCGUUUCGUCGGGACCAUCAGAGACCUCCAGGUAUCCCACAAUCACCCGCUGCAACCUCUUCAGAUGACGAGCUAUCUGAAUGCCGAGCCUCUCAAAAGACAAAUCAAGGAUUAUAAACCUCUGCACAAAGGGAGGCUUAUCUGCUUACAGGGUUCGCCAUUAAAAUACUCACCUCUCCACAAAGGCGGGCAGGUUCCUGGCAUACACCCUCCGUAAGGGGAGCCGGUGCUCCGGCUCCAUGUGGGUCAGGACCAGCUGGAGCACCUCAUCAGAAGGCGCGCCAAGCUGGGGGUUGUGGGGCAGCCGCUGCAGGGCCUUCUCCAGGAUGGGAAGCAAGUCCAGCAAGCACAGCAACACAACCUGUAAAGAGUAACAGGAUGGGUUUAGAGAAAAAGCAAGUAACAUCUGAAGCGGAAUUCUGGAAGAUUGAGGACAGGCAAACUAAAGUACUUCUUCGCACAGUGCUUAAACUACAGCUUCCGGGUCAUGUGGCCAGCAUGACUAAGCCACUUCUGGCGAACCAGAGCAGCGCACAGAAACGCCGUUUACCUUCCUGCCAGAUACCUAUUUAUCUACUUGCACUUUGAUGUGCUUUUAAACUGCUAGGUGGGCAGGAGCUGGGACCAAGCAACGGGAGCUCACCCCGGCGCGGGGAUUCAAACUGCCGACCUGAUUGGCAAGCCCUAGGCUCUGUGGGUUUAACCCACUGCGCCACCCGCGUCCCACUCAGUGUUACAUUGGCUUUAACCUUUAAUAUCUGCCCUUGCUGUUUGGAAGGGCUAAAGGAAGCACAGGGUAGCAAAUCAGAAAGUCAUCCACACAUGCCAUCCUACCAAUGUAAAAUUUCCUUCCCCCGGCCUGCCAAACAACUUUUGGGGAGGCUGGGGAAGCACAACUACAUAGGAAUAUGACUGUGUGCAUGAGUAUGUCAGCCCGGGCCCUGCCCAUCACCACUCACAUCCAGUGGCGUGUCGCCCUGCAAUAGCCCACCCAUUGCUGGAUGUGGCUUUCAGGACCAAAAAGGUUGCCAUCCUUACUGUAGAGUGUAAAGCAUCUGUAAUCUUGUAUUUAGUCCACCACCUGAAUAAAUUUAGUAGAGUUAAAGAGGAAACACCAGUCUUUAUAUUACCUGUAUGAGCCGGGCGUCCUUGCUAUAAAGGUGGUUGAAAAGGGCAUGGUAAACAACCUGCACCCUGUUAUACUGGCAGAGGUCAGCCGCUGGCUGCGAGGAAAGGAAAUGAUUGUUAUCAUCUGAUCAGCAUUAGGCACAAGGAAUUCCGUAGAAGGGGCAAUGUUCACCCAUACUGUUAAAAGGGGUGGUGGCAUGACACAAGCUUUGACGGGACCUUUACAAACCCCACCCAACAGGACAGCAAAUGAGAAGAUGCCAGUUAGUGGCACUGCAGUUUGGACAAUGAGAUGCUUGAAGUAAGCAAAACAGUAAGUAAGACCAUGCUGUACUUGGAAACUUCUUGGGUUGUCCAGUGUGAGCUGAAAGGGUUAAUAGCUCAGCAGUCGUCCUGUAUCACGAGGGGCCCUGUGACGUGUCAUGUAAACAGGGAACAGGAAGUAGUACCUGUUGCUGUUGUGUAUCUGUAAUAUAUGACAUUGUCUGUUUCUGUUUCUGCCCAUUCGUGUCGCAGUUUCCAGCUGAGAUGGACCUGAACUCCCCCGGCUGGAGUUAGCCUUAAUAAAUCUUCUUUGUUUUAAUGAACAA